UGAACUUUGGCUUCCCGUCCUACUGACAAGCUCCACGUAAACAAGGUACAAGGGUCACUGCCAUACAAAACCUGGACUCCUACAAAUAGGGCAUGAAUCCAAAGCUGGCAUCAUUAUUGAUCUCUGAUUUUGAACAAGUCGGAUCAAACAAUCUUUUUCACCAUAUUUUGUAGGAAACUAAGUUGUUUUUCGAACUUUGUGUUUGCUCCACCGUCCCAUCUGCAGUAUGCGGUCGCGUGUAGCGAUUCUGUUAGCGGUUGUUGCUGCGGCAGUUGUCUGUCAGAGUUCGGCAGUGAGUGUCACUAGAGGUGUGCCCGGGGACCGACCGGGAUUCGCGAAACCUCCAGGGGAGGAAUGUCAGUGGUAUAGAAAUCUCUGUCGAUUCUUCAAUCCAUGCUGGUAUAAGAAUGCAUGCCAAGGGUACCCUGAUGCUGAAUGCAGGCCCAAUCUAUGCACUUGCCGAGCUGAAUAUUAUAAUGGUGAUGAAAAGAUCGACUGUCAAAAAGUUAUCGAUCAAGAUAAGCCACAAGUUGAAUCUGCAGACAGUGAGUCUGGACAAGCUUGUGAACCAGUUAGUUGCCGUUUAUCGUGUCUGGAUGGUUAUGUCAAAGACAGCAACGAUUGUGAUACAUGUGAAUGUGUGGAACCAGCUGACAGGCAUGGCGUUUGCCCAGAUGUUGGGACGGGCCAAGUUGGGACAUGUGACAUCCAGUGUUUGAGCGAUGCAGGGUGUGGGGAAGGGAAGAAAUGUUGCUCCAAUGGGUGUGGUCGUGUUUGUGUCACAGCAUGUUCAGGGAUCAACUGCCGGAUCAACUGCAGGCCUUUUGGAGGGUUUGCCAAGGAUGAGAAUGGCUGUGAAGUAUGUCGAUGUGUUGGACGUCACAUUGGUAGUUCCCCAAAGGUUUGCCCAGCCAUUGAUGUAGAAAGUGUUGGCAUUUGUGUCAUUGGCUGUGACGUGGAAAAUGAAUGUGUGAAUGAUGGUGAGCUUUGUUGCAGCAAUGGAUGCGGAAAAACUUGUGUAAAAGCUUGUGAGCCUGUCCGAUGUAGAAUGUUCUGUGAGCAUGGCUUUGAUACAGAUAACGAUGGCUGUGAGAUCUGCAAAUGUAAAGUGCCCCCAGGCUGUGAUGAAAUCACGUGUCGCAUCAACUGUCCAUAUGGUCUCCAGCGGGAUGAUCAAGGUUGUGAGAUUUGUCGCUGCUUCGAACCUAGAAAGUCAUUCCUACGAACGGGCAGCAGAACAAGCCUCCCUGGUGUCUGUCCCUCAUUGAAGGGUGCCGUAGGGAUAUGUGUGUCAACCUGUGCUGUAGAUGGUGAUUGUACUGAGGAACAGAAAUGCUGUAGCAAUGGCUGUGCAAUGACCUGCACUCAAACCUGCCCUGCUGUGACCUGUAGAAUGGCUUGUCCUGCUGGAUAUGUGAAGGAUUCUCAUGGCUGUGAUAUCUGCAGAUGUAAACUGUCUCCCAGGAACUUUGGAAAGUGUCCUGCCUUGGUGGAAGGUACCUUUGGGAUUUGUGUCAACAACUGUGAGUCUGAUGGUGACUGUGAGGAUCUUAGCAUGAAGUGUUGCUCUAAUGGGUGUGGACAAACAUGCCGAGCGGCUUGUACUCCAGUGCUGUGUCGUCUUGGUUGCCGAUGGGGCUUUGCCAAAAAUACAGAGGGUUGUGAAAUCUGCCAAUGCUCGCCACCACCAGCUGAGAAGCCAGGAGAAUGUCCUGUAAUUGAUGAGAAGCAAGCUGGUGUUUGUGUUACAGAAUGCCAAGAUGAUUCAUCAUGCCCAAGUGAUAAGAAAUGCUGUAGCAAUGGAUGUGGCAAAACAUGCACCUCUUCUUGUCCGAUUUUUAGAUGCCGGCUUGGCUGUCGCUUUGGUUACGUGACUGACAUGAAUGGCUGCCGUGCCUGCGAGUGCAAGCCUCCACCCCAAGAUCCUUCUUUGCACAGUGAGGAUUGUUCACUUGUUUCAUGCAGACUUACUUGCGAAUAUGGCCUCAAGAUGGACAAUAAUGGAUGUGAGAUAUGCGAAUGCAACGAAGAAGAGGUAAAGACUGGUGUCUGUCCAGUGGUUUCUACGGAGAUAGGAGGUAUCUGUGUGGAAAGUUGCAGUGCUGAUGGUGAAUGCCCAAAUGACCAAAAAUGCUGUUCAAAUGGAUGUGGCCAUGUUUGUACUCCAGCUUGCAGUGAGAUCCAGUGCCGUUUGUUCUGUAGAUAUGGAUUCUUGAAAGAUGACAAUGGCUGUGGAAAAUGUGAAUGUGCUGCUCCACCAGAAUGUGAACCACUUCGUUGCCGUCUUGGCUGUCGCAACGGAAACCAGAAAGAUGAUAAAGGGUGUGACAUCUGUGCCUGCCGUGCUUUCCCUAAUGAGUUCAAUCCAGCCAGGACAGGUGCCUUUAGAGGAGGCCCAAAGCGAGGUUUUCCCAAGGUUUGCCCCGUUGUUCAGCAAGGUGUUGGAGGGAUCUGUGUUGAGGGUUGUGACUAUCGUGAUAAUACGUGUCCAGAAGGCCAGAUUUGCUGCUCAAAUGGAUGUGGUCAUGUCUGUACAGAAGGAUGUGAACCAGUCUUGUGUAGAAUGUAUUGUCGAUAUGGAUGGGCAACCAAUGAAAACAACUGUGAAAUCUGUGCCUGUAAAGGUCCACCCAGCGCUUGUCCAGAGCUUUCCUGUGAGCUGGAUUGCCCACAUGGUCUAAUCAAAGAUGACAAUAACUGUGACAUGUGUAACUGUGCUGCCCCUCCACUGGAGUUGACGUGCCCAUCUAUCUCAGGAUCAAUUGGUAUCUGUUCAGAGGACUGUGGACCAAGUGAUCCAUGUGGUGAAGGUGAACUGUGUUGCUCUAAUGGAUGUGGACAUGUCUGUGUACAAGGUUGUCGUCCAGUCUUGUGCUAUUUGUACUGCAGACACGGUUGGGCUAAAGGAGAGAAUGGAUGUGACAUGUGCCAAUGUGCCGACCCCCCACUUGAUUCAGCCGUCUGUCCCGUAGUCCCUAAAGAUGUUGGUGGUAUUUGUGUUGAGGAGUGUGGACCAGAUAAGAAGUGUGAUGGUGGUCAGCUGUGUUGCUCUAAUGGGUGUGGUCAUGUAUGUAAAGCAGGCUGUGCUCCAGUGCUUUGCCGCAUGCGAUGUCAACAUGGUUGGGCCACUAAUGAGGAAGGAUGUGAGAUAUGUGAAUGCAAGCGACCAGAGCUGAUUUGUCCAUCACUUUCCAAAGACGUUGGAGGCAUCUGUGUAGAGGAAUGUCGGUUCGAUAACGAUUGUGAUAGUGGUCAGUUAUGUUGCUCUAAUGGAUGUGGUCAUAGCUGUCGUGAAGGUUGUCGUCCAGUCUUGUGCUACUUAUACUGCAGACAUGGAUGGGCCAAGGGAGAAAAUGGGUGUGAUGUUUGCCAAUGUGCUGAUCCUCCAAUACAACCAGUCUGUCCAAUCCUUUCAGUCCCAGCUGAAAGUGGUGGUAUUUGUGUCGAAGAAUGUGACGAAAAUAAUGACCAAUGUGAAGGCGGUCAGAAGUGUUGCUCUAAUGGCUGUGGCCAUGUCUGUGUGCAUGGUUGUCCACCUGUAUUGUGUCGCAUGCAUUGUGAGCAUGGAUGGGCCACUGAUAAUAGAGGAUGUGAGAUUUGUGAGUGCAAACAACUUGAUGGAUCUUCAACUACUGAGCUUGCUGAAGGAACACCAACAUGCAGCCCAGUAAUGUGUUUAAUUUUCUGUCAACACGGCUUUGUCAAAGAUAACAAUGGCUGUGAUAUGUGUCAAUGCAAGCCAGCUCCAGAAUUAACAUGUCCAGCAGCCAGUGGAGUUGGUAUUUGUAGCGAGGAAUGUUCAUCUGAUAAUGAGUGUAAUAAUGGAGAGCUGUGUUGCUCUAAUGGGUGUGGCCAUAGCUGUAAGCAAGGAUGUGCCCCUGUUGUAUGUCGCAUGUAUUGUCGUUAUGGCUGGGAUACAGAUGAGCAAGGAUGUGAGGUUUGCAAGUGCAAACAACCAGAUCUUCAGUGUCCAGCUCCCCAAGAAGAGACAUUUGGAAUUUGCGCUGACAGCUGCACACCAGACACACAGUGUGGGCGUGGGCAAAAGUGUUGCCCCAAUGGGUGUGGUGGAAACCAGUGCAUGCCAGCCUGUCCACCUCUUAGCUGUAGGCUUACCGGAUGUCGCUAUGGCCAUGUUACUGAUGAGAAUGGAUGUGAAACAUGUGGCUGUAGAGGCCCUCCUGAGGAAUGUAAACCAGUUCGAUGCAGAAAAAUCUGCCGCUAUGGCUUUCAGAAAGAUAAUAAUGGUUGUAAUGUGUGCAAGUGUAAUGCACCAUCUAGAGAGCUUUGUGAGCCUGUGACAUGCAGGAUGUUUUGCACGUAUGGAUUUGCAGAAAAUGAGGAUGGUUGCGAGGUCUGUCAAUGUAACCCACCACCUGAUGUAGAAUGUAGAGAUGGCAAGAUCUACCAGGAAUGUGGUACAGCGUGCCCUAUGACGUGUGAAAAUGUCCGCAGUGAUGAACUGAUUGGUUGUCCAGCUAUUUGUAUUCAAGGAUGCUUCUGUCCACCAGGCUCUGUACUAGAUUCAGAUGGGAUGUGUGUCAAACAACGACAGUGUGGAUGCUUGUAUGAUGCUGAUGGCAAUGGGCAGAAAGAGUACUAUCAGUUGGGUGACUCUUUUGAGAUUGGAGUCCGCCACAAGGACCGGUGCCAGUGUCGCCGUGACGGAGCAGUGUUGUGCACACGUAGAAAGCAUGGUUCACAAAAACAGUGAAUUAUUGAGAUUUUAAGGUUGAAUAAAAUAAAAUAGGAAAGGUUAUGAAUGCUAAAACAACUCAAUUUACAGAAUGCUAAAACAACUCAACUAGAUGAUCGCUAAUAAUAAGAGACUAAUAGAAAGAUAUGUGGAAGCUAAAAUAUAGGUUUAGAGAAGUGUAUCGGAUUUGCUGUGUUAACGCUGCUAUACCACUCAUAGUUCUGUUUCACAAUUAUUAUAUUACAAGAUUCUUAUAGACCAUACAUUACCUAGAAGCCAAAUCAUAAUUUAAAACAUUUAUUCCCAGUUUUACAAAUCAUGCAAUGGCCUUUGCACAGCCAUGUAUGUACAGCAGUCAUCACCAUAGCAUAGAUACUGCAAUUGGAUUUGGGAAAGGAUUGAAAUGGGAAGCAACAUCUGCUCUAUUUUUAUUUGGAUUUCUUUUGUUCAGCUGAGCUUGCUGCCGACUUUACAUGUCCUACUGCAUUUAAAAAAAAGUUCAAGAAGAUAAGGUUUGUAACAAUACUGUGUAUCAUUCUGAAAUGUUAUUUUACCCAUUUAAUUCACUGGAAUUUAUAAUGAAGUGUAGUGUUUACUGCUUUUUUAUCUUGCAGUUUGUUUUUAUAUGUUUAUAAAAAAUACAUUUUUAUUGAUUGAAAUUUGUUGAAUAAAUGGAUUGUUUGCAAACGAU